GAUGGAUAACGCGACGUCGACGGUAUCUGUAGUGGAGAAAUCCGCUAGAGCAACUCUGACCGUCGCUUGUAUGCUUGGUGGUAUUGUAUUAAAUGUUCCAAUUAUUAUUGCGAUUAUAGGAACAAAGAAGUUGCACACCCAACAGCAUAUUCUUGUUUGCCACUUGUCACUGGUUCAUCUGCUUGCCUCCUCUCUGAUAAUGCCUUUACAGAUUGCUUUCAUUCUUCUCGGAGGUGAUUUGAAUAAGAAGUAUUUACGUUGUGAUGGAAUGGUGUUGAUAACAACGUCAAUUGACUGUGCCGCCUUAUCAACUAUAAGCUCUCUUGCUGUUGAGUAUUUUUUAUCUUUAUCACGGCCUUUCCGACAAGCUAAUUCUUCCAAAAGGAAUUUUUUCCUGCAAUUCUCCUUUAUAUGGAUACUAUCUAUAUGCUGUGGAAUCAUUUCCAUUGGAAUUGACUAUGAAAUUUUUAAUUCAAUUUGUGUUGCAUCAAAUGACAACUGGAGACACAUUCUACAAGUUUUCGUUUCUAGCCUCCUGCCCAUUUUGCUAACUUUCGUCAGUCUAAUGUAUAUCGUUCAGGUAACUAACAACCAACAACGUCGAAUCGUUGCAGUGGUACAGAUAGCAACGUUAGCUGUUCGCACUUCGGCUUCGGCUAUUAAAAUUAAAAGCGUUACGACAAGUGUUGCGUACAGGUUAGGUGCUUGCAUUAUUUGCUAUGGACCCAUCAUAGCCUGUCGUCUUGGUCGAGCUAAAGAGCCUGUUUUACUAUCAAUCGUAACGAUUUUCUGGCACUUUGCACCUAUUAUAAAUGCUAUUGUUUAUGGUUUGCAGAAUAGAACAAUAAUGGGAGCUCUAAAAGUCUACGUUAGACGAAGGUGUAUCAAUCCUCCCAUGCCUACGACUUCGGAUAUUAGGCGAAACAUAUACUUCCGUGGUUAG